GCAUACAAUAAUGGAUGAAGCGGAGAGAAUAAUUCAAAACCCUAUAGAAAAAGACGAACUUCCGAAACGAAAUACGGCCGAAAGUUGUUGUUGAAGAUAUCUCUUAAGCAUAGCAUGUGAGAAUCAAAUCAUAUCAAGCAGUUGGAUAAGAGGAAAUUAUGAAGUGGGGUCCGAUUCAUGAUCUUUAUCUCCUUAAAGAAAUUCCCAUUAUCAAUCGCUGAAGGAAUCGGAAGGAUUUUGAGUUUCUUAGAGAGAAAAAAUGGAGGGGCAAGAGCAGUGGCGACAGAUUAGGGUUGUGAAGAUCGAAUCCAUGGAAUCGUGGAAUUCCUUUGUGACUAAAGCUGCUCAGCAAGGCUCUCUUAUUGUUGUGCACUUCACUGCUUCUUGGUGCAUGCCUUCUGUUGCUAUGAAUCCAUUCUUUGAAGAACUGGCUUUUAAUUACCCAGAUGCUCUGUUUCUCACUGUUGAUGUUGAUGAGGUUAAGGAAGUGGCUGCUAAAAUGGAGAUAAAGGCAAUGCCAACAUUCUUGCUGAUGAAGAAUGGUACUCAAAUUGGGAAGCUCGUGGGUGCAAAUCCAGAAGAGGUAAGGAAAAUGAUAGACGCAAAUGUUGAGACCAUACAUGUUGCAUAAUCUAAUGUUUAUAUAUAAUGUUGAUGUAUAUUUGUGUUGUAACAUAUGCAAUUCUGGCUCUUGUUUACGUGGUUUCAGCGCCUCAGAUCAUGUAAAUUCAAGUUUUUGAACUCUUUUGAAUCCUGUUUGAUUGAAUGUCUUUUUAUGGAUUAUGGGUUUUGGCGUUAUGGUAUUUGAUUCUUGUUGUCUUAUUCAUAUAUCAAAUCUGGAAGAACAGAGCCAUUGCU